GUCGAAGAAACGGAUUCCUGCAACCCCUUGGGAUCCGCACAAUACCAAAAUACCCAUGGCGGCGGCAGACCAGACCUUCGAAGGGCUCCUGUCGGAGAUUCAGAGCGGCUUGGCGAAGGUCCAAGAGUCCGUGCAGAUGCUUCAGAAGUAUGCCGGCAAGGACACGGAAGAACCCGCGCCGGAGGGCGGUGGCAGCACCCUGGCGCUGGUGGCGCCACCGCUGCGCCUGUCGCGGACCUUCCGCAAGGGAUCCAAAGAGCUCUCAGGCGAGGAGGAGAAGGAGGAGAAGUCGCCGACCAAGCGCGGCGUGACCUUCAUGCCGGGGCCAGAGAACUCUUUCUCAAUCUCUGAGAUGGAGGCUCCUGUUGCAGGCGAACGGAAACCGGAGCUCCUGAGGUCCCGCUCCUUUCAAUCGGAGGACACGACUCUGAUUGCGACCAAGACGCUGGGCCUUGGGUCUCGGCAGAUCUCCCAAUGCUUCAUCCCCAGAGAUGCCUGGAUGGAAGAGCACUCAGGAGAUCAGGACGGCUUCAAUGAGUUCUUAGAAGACUGUGCAGAGAAGUAUGCGCAGAAGCCUGACCUGCAAUCUCGUCAACCCUUGGUGGUGAGCGCUUCCGAGUGUGAAGAGCAGAAGAGGAGCUGCUGCGGCUGCCGGUGUUGUAGCCUCAGAGUGAUGAUGCAUCCUCAGUCUCGGCGGAGGCUCAUCUGGGAUUCGAUCAGCGUCUUUAUGAUCAGCGUGGACAUCGUGAUGCUGCCGAUGAUCUACGGCAUGGGCAUCUCCGAAGUCGCCGAGGUGGUCGUGGUCGAGUGGAUUUGUACCCUCUUUUGGUCGGUGGAUAUGUUCAUCACCUUCCUGACUGGGUACACCGUGGGACCCGACGUCAUCAUGAGUCCUCGGAAGGUGGCCAUACACUACCUUACCACAUGGUUUGCAGUGGACUUUGCCAUUGUGGGCUCCGAGUGGGCCUCGCGGAUCACUGAGUUCGUGGCCGGCUUCAACGCCUUCCGCGCGGCCCGUGCAGUGCGCGUGCUCCGGGUGGUGCGAGUGGUUCGCUUGAUCCGGCUCGCCCGCUUCGUGAAGACCGUGCAGAAGUUCACAGAGAUGACGGGAUCCCUUCGCUUGCUGAUCCUUUUCAACGUCCUGAAGCUGACCCUCUUCCUGCUCCUGGCCGUGCACGUGAUUUUGUGUGGCUGGCACUUCGUGGGUCUCUACACUGAAGGAGGCUGGAUCGAUAAGGAGGGCUAUGCAAACGAGACGGUGGUGGUCAGGUACGUGGCCGCUGCCCGUUGGACCUUAUCACAGCUGAAUGGCCGCACGGACCGACAGGACCGGACCUUCACGGAGAUGCUCUACGUCGCCUUCACGGCGUGCUUCACCUUGAUCUUCAUGUCCAUCUUCGUCUCCAGCCUUACGUCUCGGAUGCUUCAGCUCCAGCAGCUCAUGGACAAGGAAUCAGGUUACAAGCGCUUGCUGCAGAGAUACAAUGAGAUGCACUCCUUGUCCUACACCACCGUCUACCUGGCCAAGCGCCACAUUCAGGACCGCAUGACGCUGGAGAGUGACAUGGACACCGAGAAGGAACUCCUACGGCUCCUGCCGGUGCAGACGCAAGCUGACCUGCUGUCCGAAGUGCGCAACCCACUGCUGUCACACCACCCGCUCUUCCGUGUGUUCCGCUGGGAGUUCCAAUCCACGGUGCGAACCUUGCUGAUCAGUGCCAUCAAACAGGAGCCGACGCGGCACAUGGAGACCAUUUUCGCCAAGGGGGGCGUCGGUCAUCAGAUGUACUUCGUGGAAGGUCGAUGGCUACUCUAUAGCACCGACACCGGGUUGAAGAACUGGUUGAAAAUCAGCGGGAUGGAGAAUGAGAUUCACACGCGGUCCAGCCCCACGCGGCGCUUGAAUAACAUCCUUCGGGGGCGCAGGCACAUCAUCCAGGAGGAGAUUUUGGAGGCGUAUGAGCUCGCCUACGGGACCUAUCUGUGCGAGGCCACGCUGUGGGUGGACAAGUGGCACCACUACGGCGACUUCGUGUCCACGGGCCACAGCAAGCUGGUCAUCGUGAACAGCGACGCCUUUGCGGAGGCAGUGGCCAAGCACGAGGACUCCCUGCGGAUGGUGAGCCACUACGCUCGACGCUACGUGGAAAUGCUGAAGUCCUUCUCCGACGCCGGACAGGCCUUGGGCGACGUGGUCGAGAGCGACCUGUACUUGCUCUUGGGCGUGGAAAAGCCGGACGUGACCACCUCUGGAACAUCGUCCUCCAGCGUGAAUCCGGUGAACGUCUGGAAGACAGGCCUUGAUCUCGGACAAGCCGUUCUCAGGGCCUCGCCAUUCCUCCGGGGCAACAGCGGUGGCAGCUUCAUCAGCGGUAGCUUCAUGACUGACCGCGGCCGCUCGGGCAGUUCCUUGGGAUUGGACAACAGUUCCCUGGUGGCGGAGACCGUGAAGCCCACGGGACUCAUCGCACAGGGACGCCUCGACACCAUCCAAUCAGAAGGCGAAUUCAAGGACACGCCCAUCGAAGAGGAUCCCCAGGAGACCAAGCUUUCACUCUAAAGAGCAAGGUGAUGCUGACGACAUGGUGCUGUGUGGACAUGCGGCGCUGGUGUCCCUCAACACGAAAAGCCUUUGAUAUGACCGUUUGAAUUUGGAAGGCUAUGAUGGUGCCUGUGAUAUUCAGGGAGUAGGAG